AGCGCUCAACAAGAGUUGCGCUCGCGAGAAGCACGAGAACACACGCGCACACACAUAGAGAUAUAUAUAUAUAAACACGCGCAACCGCAUAGAGGCGCACGCACACCGACCCCGGAGUCAUGGACACGACCACGCGGAGCGUCUCGCGACUGCCGGCGACCAGCACCGACGGCACGAGCGAGCAGAACCGGACGGGCGAGCAGCGGCGCCGCACAGAGGAGCCGAGCCCGAACCGAACCGAGCCGUCCCGGAUCAUCACAGACCCGGCCACGGGGAAGUGCUACUGCCGCGGGAAGGUCCUGGGCAAGGGAGGCUUCGCCAAGUGCUACGAGCUGACCGACCUGUCUGCUGGGAAAGUUUACGCUGCCAAGAUAAUUCCUCACUCUCGCGUAGCCAAACCUCACCAGAGAGAGAAGAUCAACCGAGAGAUCGAGCUGCACAGAGCUCUGAGUCACAAACACAUCGUUCAUUUCUACCACAGUUUCGAGGAUAAGGACAACAUCUACAUCCUCCUGGAGUACUGCAGCAGAAGAUCUCUGGCUCACAUACUGAAAGCACGGAAAGUCCUGACGGAGCCGGAGGUGAGGUAUUACCUCAGGCAGACGGUAUCAGCUCUCAAAUACCUCCACGAUCAAGAGAUCCUGCAUCGAGACCUCAAACUAGGAAACCUUUUUGUCAGCGACUCGAUGGAGCUGAAGGUUGGAGAUUUCGGUCUGGCUGCUAAACUGGAGCCGGUCAGCAACAGGCGCAAGACGAUCUGCGGGACACCCAAUUACCUUUCACCAGAGGUGCUCAAUAAACAGGGUCAUGGCUGGGAGUCGGAUAUCUGGGCCCUGGGCUGUGUCAUGUACACUAUGCUCCUGGGUAAACCUCCGUUCGAGACCACUAAUCUGAGGGAGACGUACCGCUGUAUCAGAGAGGCUCGCUACUCCCUGCCUUCCACAAUAUCUCUCUCCGCCCGGCAGCUCAUCGCCAGCAUGCUCUCCCGCAACCCCACCGACCGCCCACGACUAGACGAAAUCAUACGCCACGAAUUCCUCACGCAGGGCUUCAUGCCAGAGACCCUUCCUGCCAGUUGCUGUCUCUCAGCUCCCGACUUCCACAUCUCCAGCCCUGCCAAGAGCUUUUUCCAGAAGGCUGCAGCUGCCCUCUUCGGUGGGAAAAGAGACAAAGCCAAGUACUAUGAGAAUAUCAAUAAAAUAGCGAAAGAAGAAGGCGACAUCUACAAACUUCGCCACGAGCUGAAGAUGACAUCAAUUAACCAGCAGCUCGUCACUCCGCCGGUGGAGGAGCGAGGGACUCCGUCACAGCCGGAUGGGAAGCCCGUUUCCCAGGCAACAGACGGGCGGCCACAAGCACGAGAUACCAUCCGCAUGAUCGUCAGAGGCAGCCUGGGAAGCUGCAGCAGCAGCAGUGAAUGUCUGGAGGACGGCACCACAGGCUCUGUGGCGGAAGCUGUGGCCAGUGUUCUGAGAGGCUGUCUGGAGCACAUGCCCACAGCUGACAAGCUUCCCAAGGCUAGCGGAUGCAGCAAGCUGCAGUGGGUGACUAAGUGGGUGGACUACUCCAACAAAUACGGCUUUGGCUAUCAACUGUCUGACAACACCGUGGGCGUCCUCUUCAACAGCGGAACACACAUGAGUCUCCUCGCUGAUAAGACGACGGUGCUGCAGCAUGCAGAGAUGGGUCAGUGUGCUGUGAUGUACACGACGGAUGUGCCGGAGAACUGCGUGGGCCAGGUCACCAUCCUCAAGUACUUCGCUCACUAUAUGGAGGAGAAUCUGAUGGAUGGAGGUGAUAUGGUAAUCGAUAUAGACGCUGAAAAGCCCAGUAUUUACCUGCUGCAGUGGCUGAAAUCAGACCGGGCGCUCAUGAUGCUGUUCAGCGACGGCACUUUCCAGGUAAACUUUUACCACGACCACACCAAGCUGAUCCUGUGCACCCAGCAGAACGACUACCUGCUGACCUACAUCAACGAGGAGCGAGUCUCGUCCACCUUCAAACUGAGCGCCCUGCUGAGCGCCGGCUGCAGCUCGGACCUGCGCAACCGCAUGGAGUACUCCCUCAACAUGCUGCAGCAGAGAUGCAACCGGGAAUCCUGAGCAUCCACAGACUGUGGUUGUGUGUGUGUGUGUGUGUGUGUGUGCGCGAAUGCAGACAAUGCAAAAACCUGUGGAGUGAACUUUUCCCAAUGCACAGAAGCUAGGGCUGCACGAUAUAUCGUUUAAGCAUCGUCAUCGGGUGCAAUGUCAAUUAAAUCAAACGCGUCAUCAUGUUUUAUGUUUUGUUUUUUGACACAAGAAGUAGAUACACAGCGCUGUCUCUGUGUCUGUGUGAGUGACAGGCUGCUGCUGCCUGAGAAGCAUGAGGGGGAGGGGCAGGAGUAAACACAAGGUAACAGCAUGGCCUCCAUCCACAUGGUUGGGCACGUGCUUGUAAACGUGAGCACGUGUGGAAAGCUGUGCACCUCAGUCCAGCACAGUUUUAUAAAAGGGCAGAUAUUUCCAGUUACAGCUGAAUUCACACUUUUAAUCCCAGAAAAACUAAAAAACACUCUUUUUCACCUUUUAAAAAGCAUUUAAAUUCUGAUUAAAGGGUUUUGAGAGCUCGGUGCUGACUCAGCUCUUGAUUGGUCCGGGGCUGGUGACGUCACGGGCCCUGUAUUAUUUAAUAUUGCGAUAUAUACCUUUUGAAAUAUUUUUUUUAUAUCGUGCAGCCCUAACAGAAGAAGACUGUUAAUUGAAGGACCUACUUGUUAAGAAUGUGAGAGAAUGUGUGUAAAAGAUUGAGAGAGAGAGAGAAAGAGAGAGAGAGAGAGAGAGAGAGAGAGAGAGAGAUGGGUUGGCUUGGAUGGAGCUUGAAGAAGUGAAAGAAGAAGAGAAGACAUGAUGUAGCACUACGUUAAAGAAAGGAGGUGAAGAAGCAGAGACAGAGCUGGACUUAAAGCAAAAAAAACUUUCUGGAUGAGAGUGGACUAAUGUGUGUGUGUGUGUGUUUUAAUGUGUGUGUGUGUCUGAGGAACGGUUAUGAAAGAGCGUGCGACGCCUCAGACAUUAGCAAAUAUUUAUUAUGUAAAUAUGUCUUUAUUUAUUUAUUUAAUAAUAAAAAGAACAGAAUUUUAAAUAUA